AUGAAGUUCACGAGUACUUUGGCCUUGGGCCUCUCGGUGGUUGUUGAUGGCACGCUGGGGGCAAAGAUACCGCAGGGACCGAAGACGACAUGUCCGCCCGGUGCUAGCUUCAAGAAGCUCUCGGCGCAAGCCUUCAUGGACGCCGCGACUCCUGGGUGGAAUCUCGGAAACACACUUGACGCCGUUCCCGACGAAGGAUCAUGGAAUAACCCCAUCUUCCAGGCCAAUGCGCUUGACGUGGUCAAAUCAGCUGGGUUCAAGUCUGUUCGGAUUCCUGUAACCUACUCCGACCACUUCUUGUUGCCUAACUCUCUAACAAACCACACCAUUUCUCCCCAAUGGCUCGACCGCGUCUCCACCGUAAUCGACAUGGCCACGUCGCGGGGGCUUUUGGUCGUAACAAACAUGCACCACGACUCCUGGGCCUGGGCCGACGUCUCUUCUUCGGGAGGUAAAAACACCACUCUCAUCCGCGAAAAGUUCUACGCCGGCUGGCUGCAAAUCGCUACCAAACUCGCCUGCAAGCCCUCCACCGUAGCAUUCGAGCCCAUCAACGAGCCUCCCGGUUCCACGGCUGAAGAUGCCGAAAGACUAAUGGGUCUUAACGACCUGUUUAUCCACGCCCUGAGGGAUUCUGGCGGGUGGAAUUCCCAGAGAGUGGUAACCCUGUCAGCGCUGAACAUGGGGGGUGCUGAUCGCAUGCAAAAUGGGUGGUUUAGGUUGCCGAAGAACAUGACGAACCCGUGGGCUUUCCAGUUCCACUAUUACUCGCCUUACGACUUCAUUUUCCAAGCGUGGGGGAAGACGGUCUGGGGAAGUGAGAGCGAUAAAGUGGCUGUGGUGGCGGAUCUGGAAGCUGUGAGGGGAAAUCUGACGGCGAUUACUAAUGACCCGAAAGUGCCGAUUUAUCUGGGCGAGUUCGAUGCGAGCCAGUUGAGUCUCGAGGCUGCCGCUAGGUGGCGGUGGUUUGAUACCGUCGUGUCAGCUGCGAGGAGGCUGAAUAUUGUUCCGGUGCUGUGGGAUAAUGGACUGGAUAAUUUGCAGAGGGAGACGGGGCGGUGGAGGGAUGAAGUCGCGGUGGAGAUUAUUGUUAAUGCCAUCAAGGGCAAAAAGAAUUCGUUGCCGGAAAGUACGACGGAUGGUGGCGCGACGACGCAGGAGAGCUCGGCGUAUGUUUUUAAUAAGGUUGGGGAGGAUAUCGGGGCAGAGGGGAGGAACUUGUCGUUUGCGUUGAAUGGGAACCGGUUUAAGGCGUUGAGUGUUGGCGGGGUGCCGCUCAAGGCUGGAAAGGAUUAUGCGGUCCAGGAGCAGGGGACGGUGACCCUCAAGAAGGAGUUCCUGGGCAAGUAUCUCUCCAGGGACGCGGCGCCGGGAACCAAGGCGAAUAUCACGGUUACGUUCUCGGCUGGCGCGAAGAGUCGGGUGGAGAUCGUCCAGUGGGAUUUGCCGGUGCCGGCACAGACGAUCUCCUCGGGGAGCGCGGUGCCGGCGGGUCAAGAUUUGUCGGUUCCGGUGGUCUGGAAGGGGCUGCAUCGGGUGGCGGCGGUGAAGAUGAUCAAGGCGGAUGGGUCGUACCUGUUUGAUGACUGGACCAUGUGGUUGCCUGGGCUGCAGAAGGGCUGUGGUACAUAUGGUGGCCAGUGGGACUUCGACUUCGACAAGCUCAUCAUCCGGAGGCAGACGCUGGAUGCCGUGAUUGCUUCAGGCCAAAGUGCCACGCUCACGUUCGAGUUCUAUCCGCGUGCGGCAGGGAACGGGAAUUACUUGAAUUAUACCCUGACCGUUUGA